AUGUGGCCGAAGCCGCAGCUGAACUUUAUCACCUUGCAUUAUGCGUAUAUAAUUUUCCUGGGGCUUCUCGCACUGCCUGUACUAUAUCCCUAUGGGAACUUGAGGGCGAUCGAUUCCUACUUCUUCGGAGUCAGCGCAUCUACCGAGUCCGGUCUUAACACCGUAGAUGUGAAAGAGCUGAAGCUCUACCAGCAGUUGUUCAUCUACUUCAUUCCGAUUGUGAGCAACUUGGGCUUUGUGAAUAUACUCGUCGUUUGUGUGCGUCUCUGGUUCUUUCGCAAGAGACUAGACGAAAUAGGUAACCCGCCAUUUGAUUUUAUGAUGGGAAAACUCCAAGAUUGCACACCGGAUCAGUCCACCAUCCAUGAGAAACAGAACCCAGACCAUGACCGGAACGAGCAACCAGAAGAGCCUAAUACAGACCACGAAGCACCUGAGGAUGAGAAUGCAAGAAGUACAAGCACCAAACCUCUACAGCCGGGGGACUUGAACAGGACGAUCUCGUUCGCCGAUACAGAGAAGGCGCUGUAUAUUCCAUCGCCACAAGAGCGUGACAGAGGACAUCCCAUCAUCGAAGUGGACAGAGACACGAUUGCAGACGAUACCGGCAACUUUGAAAAGUCCUAUCCGCGAUUAAGACGUUCUUUGAGUAUCCGAAAUGAUACUACUCUCGAGCGUGUUGCCUCUUCCAUGUUCGUGCUCGGGAAACAGCAUAGCAGAUCUCAAGGCCCGCGAAUGAGCCAGGCCAUCUCACUCUCCAAAGACUCAAACCUCCCUGGUCUUUCUACACAAGCAACCCUAGGGAGAAACUCACAGUUCCACAAUCUGACGGCUGAAGAUCGUGAAAGACUAGGCGGGAUCGAGUACCGCAGUCUGAAAGUCCUUUUGAAGAUUGUUGUCGGCUAUUUCUUCGGCUUACAUCUUUUUGGCAUCAUUUGCUUGGUUGGCUGGGUUCAGUAUGCCCCGGCGAAGUACCGCGACUAUAUCGCUAGUUGCGGACUCAACCAGGUCUGGUGGUUUGUUGAGACGUACACCAUGUUGGUUGUCAAGAGGUCUGACUUUGUAGGCUUUACACUCACGCCGGAUUCCAUGAUUUCAUUCAACGAUGCCACAUUCCCGAUGUUGGUCCUGACAUUUCUGGCGUUCGCCGGCAACACGCUGUAUCCGUGCUUCUUGCGCCUCAUUAUAUGGGUUCUUUUCAAAUGUGUGCCGAAUAACUCAUCCCUGAAAGAACCGCUGGAUUUUCUGCUGAAAUACCCUCGUCGGUGCUACAUGCUACUCUUCCGCAGCCGUCCUACCUGGGUCCUUUUCGGCAUCAUCUUCGCAUUGAAUUUUGUCGAUGUCCUAUUCAUCAUCACGCUGGACCUGGACAAUCCCGCAGUCAAUAGCCUCGCACCCGGCCCACGGAUUCUGGCAGCCCUGUUCCAAGCUGCUUCGGCACGACAUACGGGGACGGCGACUUUCAAUCUGGCCAAUGUUAAUCCGGCCGUCCAGUUUAGCUUACUGGUCAUGAUGUACAUCUCUAUCUUUCCUAUCGCGAUCAGCGUUCGCGCGUCCAACAGCUAUGAGGAGCGCGCCUUGGGGAUCUACGAUUCCGGUGACGAGCUGGACGAGAACAAUGGGAGCAAAUACGUCCUGGCGCACAUGAGGAACCAAUUGUCGUUCGACUUGUGGUACAUUUUUGUCGGGCUAUUCUGCAUCAUUGCGACGGAGUCAAAGCGCAUCAUGGACCCUGCGGAGCCGGCAUUCAACGUGUUUGCGAUUUUCUUCGAGACAGUCUCCGCAUAUGCAAAUGUCGGCCUGAGUUUGGGGUACCCUACCGUCUCGACGUCUCUGUGCGGACAAUUCUCAACGUUCAGCAAAGUUGUGAUCUGUGCGAUGAUGAUCCGGGGCCGUCACCGAGGCCUUCCCAACCAGAUCGACCGGUCCAUCCUCCUCCCUAGCGAGCGUCUGGUCGAGGACGACCACAUUGAUGCGAAGCCACCCCCUUGGCAUACCGCGGACCGCGUGACUUGGAUGGACAGUCGGCAGCCGAAAGUCCGGCGGUACUAUACCAAAUAG